AUGGCACCUUCCGCAAUUACUACCACAGCCACCGAGGAGGCCAAGCCUCGCCCAACGUACAAACUUAACCUGGGACAGUAUAAAGAGAUUGACCCUUACAACGUGGACCGCGAUGUCGAGACUGGAAAGAAGGGUGGUAACGGUGCCAAGUACCCUCACUACCUCCCUACCUGGAACAGGGAGCAGAAAUGGGGCCCCCUAGAGCCUUUCCAACACUACGAGCACGGCAAGGACGCCGACACAUCAUACCCCAACCUCUUUCCUGAGGGAACCAAGGUCACACAACUCACACCAACUAUUGGCUCGGAAGUCUCCGGUAUCCAACUCUCCUCACUCAGCAACGCGGGCAAGGAUGAGCUGGCUCACUAUAUCGCCAAGCGCAAGGUUGUUGCCUUCAGAAACCAAGACUUUGCCGACCUCUCCAUCCCAGACGCCUUGAAGUAUGGCGAGUAUUUUGGCCGUCACCACAUCCACCCCACAUCGGGUGCCCCUGAGGGAUAUCCCGAGGUUCACCUUGUGCACCGUGGCGAGGGUGACAAGGGAGCUGCUCAGUUCUUUGAAGCCCGAACCAGUUCCGUGGCCUGGCAUUCGGACGUGUCGUAUGAGAAGCAGCCCCCUGGCACAACUUUCCUAUAUAUCCUCAACAAGCCAGAGACUGGCGGCGACACUCUCUUUGUCGAUGCCGUCCAGGCUUACAAUCGUCUCAGCCCACUGUUCCAGGAGCGUCUGCAUGGCCUGCGAGCAACCCACUCCGGCAUUGAACAAGUCAACGCCGCCGCGGCCAGAAACAGCAUCAAGCGACGGGAGCCCGUGGUCAACGACCAUCCCAUUGUGCGAACUCAUCCUGCCACGGGUGAGAAGGCGCUCUACAUCAACCCUCAGUUCACGCGGGAGAUUCUAGGCCUGAAGAGGGAAGAAUCGGAUGCCAUUCUCAAGUUCCUAUAUGACCACUUGGCAUAUGGUGCCGACUUUCAGGCUAGAGUGAAGUGGGAGGAGGGCACCGUUGUCAUUUGGGACAAUAGAGUUACCCAGCACACGGCCCUUGUGGACUGGGAGGACGGCCAGCGACGUCACCUGGCUCGCAUUACGCCCCAGGCCGAGGUGCCUUAUGAGACUCCCUUUGAGGCGCGCAGGUAG